UCCAGCAUUCUGCAGCACGGUCCGUAACCAUAUAGCAGGAGGGACCGUUCGCACAGGAGCCGGCUCUAUUUGAUGCUCUGUUGAACAGCGAUCGGUGAAACAAAAGAAACAUACUCUUGACUUUAUUCUUCCUUCUUUUUUAUUCGACUGUGCUUUGCAGCAAGACUUGCAAACUCAAGAUGAGGAUGUCAAACCUUGCAGAGAAAACUAUCUUUGGUUUAUACAUUUCAGCACAGAUGCUGACCAUAGUGUGGUCCGAGGUCUGCCCCCGGCGCUGCCAGUGCCCCAAGGAGCCCCCCAGGUGUGGCCCCUCGGUGCCCCUGAUCCUGGACGACUGCGCGUGCUGCCUGGUGUGCGCACGCCAGACCGGCGAGCCCUGCUCAGAGACCCACCCCUGCGACACGCGCCGAGGCCUGCGGUGCGACUCCUCGGCCGACGUACACAAGAGGACGGGCGUCUGUGUCGUCCACGAGGGCCCCGUGUGCGUCCUGGACGGCACCGUCUACCGCCACGGCCAGACCUUCUUCCCCAGCUGCAAGUACCAGUGCGUGUGUCGCGACGGGCAGAUCGGCUGCCUGCCGCGCUGCACCCUGGACGUGAUGCUGCCGGGCCCGGACUGCCCCAUGCCGCGCAGGGUGCAGCUGCCCGGGGAGUGCUGCGAGAAGUGGGUGUGUGAACCCCUGGUGGAGGCCAGCGCCCUGGGGGGCUUUGCCAUGGCUUCCUUCCGCCUGGAGGAGGCGGUGAGCUUCGACGCCUGGGACCCCAGCCUGAACUGCAUCGAGCAGACCACCGAGUGGGAGGCCUGCUCCCGGGCCUGCGGCAUGGGCGUGUCCACCAGGGUGACCAAUAAGAACAGCCGCUGUGAGAUGGUGAAGCAGAGCCGGCUGUGCAUGGUCAAACCCUGCCAAGGCCAGCAGCCCCAGAGCCAGCUCACGCCGAUUGCCCCCAAGAGAGGCAGCAAGUGCCAGAGGAUGGUGAAGAGCGUCCAGGCCGUUCACCUCACCUACAGGAACUGCAGCAGCGUGCAGGCCUACAAGCCGCGUUACUGCGGCACCUGCAGCGACGGCCGGUGCUGCACGCCCCACGCCACCAAGACCGCCCUGGUGGAGUUCCGCUGCUCCAACGGCAGAACGUCCAAGAGGCCCGUCAUGGUGAUCCAGAGCUGUGCCUGCCAUCGCCACUGUCCCAGCGAGAACGGCAUAUGGCAGGCCUCUGACCGGGGCUACAGCGGAAUGAGGGUCUAGGGGCCCUCUGUCUUACCACCCAGGUCCCAUGGUGGUGGCCUGUUCCCCCUCAAAAUGUCCCAGUUGGGUACCAGGUUCAUGUUUCCAUAUUGUAUCCUCUGAAAAGUGACUUGCUGUGAGUAAAGUUCAAGUCUGUCUGUGUACAUCAGGUUUAGGGCAUUGGGAUAAAGGGGAAUGUUCCACUUUAAUCUAAAACAAAAGUGAAUAAAAGUCUUAUUGAACAAGUUACCACUAACAUCAAAAAAUAGUAAGCAGCUAUGUUGGGUCACUUGACAUACAAAUUGUGCUAGAAAAAAGUUUGACUUUUUCAAACCCAUUUGGUUAUACCCCAGUGAGUCUAAUCGACAUGUCAAUCAAUGCAUUGAAUACCUAGAGAUCUGUAUGUAUCAUACAUCUCUUUGGGUCUUUAGACUGAAUUGUUUUGCACUCAACUGUAUAGCCACAGGGAAAAGACAGCUGGUCUUAUAGAUAGAAGGAUGUAUGAUUUAUACACCGACAUGACUGACAUGACAGACUCAUGGUUGUUUUCAGUCUGAGACACCUCUCACGAGGUUGUGGUAGUAGUUAGUAGUUGUAUACUGUCCUGGAAUGACGCAAUGGUUGUCAAAUAUAAUCGUAGCACUUAAAUUAACUUAUACAGGUUGGUGCUUUCUUUUCUUUAGCAGACAACCUCAGAAAGAGAUGGUCAAGGGUUAAGAGGUCAAAGGUACACAGCUUUUGUUUGCUGAAGCUGAUCAGUUCAUGUGAAGACGGAGAUCGUCAGCGUGGUGCAGAGUGGAUUCAAACGUGCCGCCAUGUUUGCCUCUGUCCUGGGAUACCUGCGCAUGGGAGCAUCUCAGUUGAGUUUCCAAGAUGCAUGUCCAAACGCUAGCUGAAGAGAAAGGGUUCCCUGUCAACCCACUGAGUUUAGGGCUUUAGUUAUUUCGAACUUUGGCCUAUGGGUGAGGUCAUUCUUGUGCCUGUGUGUAAUAUUUCACGACUCUCUGAAAUUGUGCCAUGUGAUGCUUACUGCAUCGCAUUUACACAAUAUUAAAUUCUAUAUGAUCAUACAUUUUGAUAGGACAUAUAUUUUUGUAGGAUUUGUGUUGGAGAAAAGACCGAGGUUGGUUUAAGACAAGACAAGAGUUGUCAAGACUUGCUGUAUAAUGAAGUGUGUAUCAAAUACACAAUGUUUGUUUUGUAUGUAUAGGUGUUGUAUAUAUUUGUUGUCGUGCUUACUUUGUGAUGAUUUUAACAUUGCUAAAAUAUUUAAAAAAUAAAAAUAAUUUUUCAA